UAACACAGCUCCUGCUGCUGUUGCAUAUAUAGAUAGGUAUGGCCCUACACCUGGGUGCACACACCACAGCCCGGACACAGAGCAAUCCUAAACCUUCUUCCUCCCUGGCUGCCCGCCACCCGCUCCCACCAUGAAGAAGGAAAUACUAACCCUGGCUUUUGCUCGAGCCGUCUUCGUGGAGUUCCUCUCCACGCUCAUCUUCGUCUUCAUCGGGCUGGGCUCGGCGCUGAAGUGGCCGUCGGCGCUGCCCAGCAUCCUGCAGAUCGCGCUGGCCUUYGGGCUGGCCAUCGGCACCCUGGUGCAAGCCUUCGGCCACAUCAGCGGCGCCCACAUCAACCCCGCCAUCACCAUCGCCUUCUUCGUGGGCAACCAGAUCUCGCUGCUGCGCACGCUGCUCUACGUCCUGGCGCAGCUGGUCGGGGCCAUCGCCGGUGCUGGGAUCCUCUACGGUGUCACCCCCGCCAACACCCGCGGCAACCUGGCCAUCAACGCGCUCAACAGCAACAUAACCCCAGGCCAGGCCCUCGUGGUGGAGAUCAUCCUCACCUUCCAGCUGGCCGCCUGCAUCUUCGCCUCCACGGACAACCGGCGCAGCGGCGUGGGCUCCCCGGCGCUGUCCAUCGGCCUCUCGGUCACCGUGGGCCACCUGGUGGGGAUUUACUUCACGGGCUGCUCCAUGAACCCGGCGCGCUCCUUCGGGCCCGCGGUGGUCACCAGGAGGUUCAGCCCUGCGCACUGGGUGAGCCUUGGUGGCGCUGGGGACAGGGACGG